AUGCCAACAUGUUUGAAAUGGACUACCUUGAAUUCAUCAAGUUCACUCAAUUCAUCAAAGACAAACCUAUUAUUUGUAACAGAGGUGACAAUCGAAAUGAUAAAAGAAGCACCAACACAAGGGAUAUGCUUUAUUUUUAAGAAGUCGCUCAUUUCAUCAAUGAAACAGGAUGUAUAGAAGCAUGUGAAGUGGCACAAUAACAAGGCAAAUGAAAAAUCACAACACUACAAGGCUAAUCAAGUUUAUGUAAUGGACAACACAUCUUGUUCUAAGAAAAUGCAAGACAAAAAGGAAAAAAGCAUAGCAAAUUGCUCUGAGACUUAUCAAGAUCAAGCGGUAGAUUCUUUAAUAGAAAAAGAUGAGGCAAAAAGGUCUAAGAGAAUGAGAAGUACAAAAGAGGAAGCACAAGUUAAACGUAGUGGUCCUUCGGAAAAAGAGGAGGAUCAUUCUUUGCUUUCAAAAAUAAGUACAGUAGAGCUUGAGAAGAAAUUAGACGAGGUUGUUCGCGAGUUAGGAGACAAAGGUAAGUGUUCAAAGACUUUGUUUUUAUCCCGACAGAGAGAAGUAGAAAAAAUAAGAAUGUUGGUUAAGGAAAAUCUUAACUAG